AUGCGCCAGAGAAAGGCCGCGCGGCGAUUAGGGCCAGUCAUCGUGGCAGCCACUCUGGUCCUCGUCACUUACGUUCUCUUCUAUCCACGCGAUAGGCUCUGGAAUCCCCUAACAGAACAUUCGUCUACAGCAGUGUCCUUUGACUGGAAAAAGAAGGCAGGCCUUUCAACUGGAGCGGCAUCUGACUUUGAAAGUCUCCAUCUGAACGAGGGAAAAUGUCAGGCGACGUUCCCCGGCCUGACGAAGGAGAUAGAACUGGCCGAGGCGGAGGGAGAAUUCCAGCUCGGACUCGGCGACACUUCCGUCUCGCUGCUGGGGCAGAUCAAGGAUAACAAGAUACUGAUACUGCAGGCGCCGAGACCUGUGGAUAUGUCAGAUCAAUGGAUCGAGCGACAAAGCGCCGCCCUCCACCAGCUACACCGCGCCAUCCUCACCUCGCCAACCCCUCUACCAGACACCUACUUCAACCUCUACAUCCAAGAUACACCCAUCAAACACACCUGGUCCCACAGCCGUCUGGCGCGGACCUCGUCCUCCUCCUCCUCGUUCCCUCGACACAUCUUUCCCAUCCCCCACUUCUCCUUCUGGGCUUGGACCCAGCCCUUCAUCCGCUCCCUCCCGCACGCAGCGUCCGCCAUCACCGAGAUAGAAACCAGUCUGCCGUUCGAGAAGAAGGACGCCCGCGCCGUGUGGCGCGGCACGUCGUGGUUCAAUAACGGCGCGAGUGCGAACCCGCGAUCCAGACAGGACCUCAUCCAACUUACAAAGGACGCGGGAUGGGCCGACGUGCAGGCGCUCGAGUGGACGAAUAACGGGGAAAACGCGACGAACGCACUGCCGAUUGAGGAUUUUUGCAGGUACAAGUACAUCAUCCACACCGGGGGCGUGUCGUACUCUGGCCGGCUGCAGUUUCAUCAGCUUUGCGAGAGCGUGGUGUUGAGUCCGCCGGUGGAGUGGAUGCAGCAUACGACGCAUCUAGUUGAGCCAGUGUAUUCGAGUACCCUACUUCAAGGCAAGCUAGAGUCUAAGACUACUUCCCAAGCCAAGCCCCGAGACGAAAAACAUCAUCAUCAAGCUUUACCGAAGACACUGGAGCAGUGGACGACGACGCUCCGCCCAGAGGAAGCCAACAUGAUUUUUGUCAAGCCGGACUGGUCGGAUCUCGAGGCGACGGUCCGCUGGUUGGAGAAGCACCCGGAUGUGGCGCGCGGGAUUGCGAGACGGCAGCGGGCGUUAUUCUCUGAUCGGGGGUAUUUGAGCCCUGCGGCGGAGGUGUGUUACUGGCGGGCUCUUGUCAAGAGUUGGAGCCGGGCUGUGCGUGUCGAUGAUGAUGUUGGCCGGAAGAGUGCUGGCGCGGUGAGCUUUGAGGAGUUUAUUGUGCGGUCUGACAAGGCGAAGAAGAGAGGUCAUUGA